AUGUAUUUCUCACAGAAACUCAUUACAAAUAAAGCUUUUCUAAAAACAGACGACCUGUCAUCGACUACAAUGAUGAAUACUACAACAAUCAGCAUACCUACUAGUCUUGAGAGUCUACUUACACGUCUGACCAUUUAUACAACGAUCUACGGCGGAAUAUUCAUAUUAGCAGCUGGAAAUUUAGGUUGUGUGGGCAAUAUACUCGUCUAUCGAUCUCAGACCUAUCGUCAUCAAGCUUGUUUCAUUUAUCUGUUUUGGGAAACAAUAGCUAGUUUAUUCAUUCUCAAUUGCAUUCUUUUGACUCGAAUACUAGAAACUGGUUUUAACGUUUCACUGAUGAAUGAGUCGAAUGCAUUUUGUCGAAUUCGAGAGUUUAUCUCGAUGGUGAUGUAUCAGAGUGAAAAUACACUGUUCCUGUGUGCGACAUUAGACAGGAUCCUUUCAGCGCAGCGUUCAAAGAAACUACGACAAUGGAGUAAUCAGGUGCCUCUUGCCUAUAAAAUUAUAGUGGCAAACUUUGUUCUUUGGAUUGCAGUUAGCAGUCAUCGAUUAGUCUUCUAUGGUAAUGGCUCUGGCCAUUGCGACUCUCAAGAAGGAUUUUAUGCAGCUUUUGACCAUUAUCAGGAUGUAUCUCUUUCAGCGAUUGCUUCUCCUCUGCUUGUUAUUGUGUUGGCGGUUUUACUACGGUGUACUGUUCGAAGUGUCAAUCAGCGACGUGCAACUCUAAAAACUCAAGGAAAUCUUCAAGAGACGGAUUCACAAUUAACGAUCAUGUUACUGUUGCAAUCGAUUCUUGCUAUUAUCAAUUAUGUGCCGUAUGGAGUUUAUAUUCUCUAUUCUAUGUUUACAAAGGAAUGGGUGAAAUCGUCUUGGCGCGUUGCCUGGGAGCAAUUGAUCAUAGCUUUUAUUCGAUUGAGUUCUUAUGUGUUUGCUGCCGGUACUUUCUAUGUGUCCAUGGUAUCGAAUCCUAGUUUUCGGAAAGAGUUUUUCAAAAUUUUUGGAAUACAGAGGGGUAGAAUUGCUCUAGUGCACACUAAAGCUGUUGGUAACAUUGUAAACAUUCGUACUGUUGCUCCAUAG